ACCACAUUACUUAGGCACUCAAUUUUCAUUGGUGUUGCGCUUGCUCUACUCGAUGUCCCAUUCCACACCUCAAAUGGAUAGAUGGUGAUCUUCCAUCGAGAAAUCAAGCCCCCGCCAAUUCGUAAAAUCCCCAUACUUUAAAAGCAUAUAUGACUCCAAUGCACCUCCAAAUUGCAUUCAUGGAUUCAUAGUAGCUGACAGAACCAUCCUCUAAAAUUUAAAUCCAAGCCUUACACAAGAAAUUUGAUCUUUAGACUCAUUUCCAAUAAGGAGGGUAAUUUGGGACCUGGAAGAUAAUUUUUUCAAUUUUGUUUUCAAAUUCCAAACAAGCAUUGAAAAUUGCCAGCUGCAAGAAGGGCUUUGACGCUUUGUUGCUCUUAUUAGGGCUGGGAAAUGGUGCGGUCUGGGACCAUAUCAUAUAUACGGUCUAUAGUCCAGAUUGAGAGGCUGAAUUAUAGACCAUAGACCAGACCACAUACUAUAUGGUUUGGUCCAGACCACGCCUAUGCGGUCUGGUGUGGUCCAGAUAGACCACACUACAUGAAAAUCGAACAAUUUGUUUAGUCAACCACACAAAAAAUUGAACCAAUAGGCAAUAACCAAGAAAAAUAAUUGUUUUUUUGCUUUAAAACAUUAAUUCUAACAUGCAUUAAUAAUUUUGAUACCCUAAAUCUUAGUACAUAACAAAGAUACAAAGUAAAAGCAUCCCAACUUGCACCAUAACGUCAUAAACAUUAACAUAAUGUCAUAUGAAGCACAAUUAUCUUUACUCUCUGGUGAAAUGUGGUCGUGAAUGAAGGAGGGACGAGAUUCUUAAAAUUAAGGUGGAGACUUGGGUGUCGUUGUGGUAGUUGGUAGAGUGGUCAAAUGGGCUAUUAACACGUAUUGAUAAGUCGAUUGGGGUCCACGGUUUGGUCCGGUAAACCGCAGUCUAGACGAGACUAGACCAAGAGAUGAAAACAUCAGAUAAUACAGACCAUGAACCAGACCAGAUCAUACUUAACAGUCUACGGUCCGUAUCAAACUGUGCCGUCCGAUUUGGACCGUGGUUUUUCUAACGGUCUGGUCUAUUCUUGCUACUUUACGGAUUGCGGGGGUUGAAUUUUCCAAGUUGUUUUGGACGUUUGUGGGUCAAAUAUGGGUCUCUAGAAAUAUUUUUUUUUCUAGUUUUUUGGAAUUUUUAGGCUUGUCAGGUAGUUUUUUAUAUUUUUUCAUCAAGCAUUGGAGUUGGUCCUAGGCUUUCUACAAAGACAGCAACCGAUAUAUAUACAAUCUCCAUUUCCGGCGGCCAAAAAGAAGAGGAUCAGACGAUCAGUCAACGAAAGAAUAAAAGCCCAACGGCAGAGGAAGAAGAAAAGCCAAAAGGCUGCUAUCAAACUAUACACUGGCCGGUGGUUUUGUUUGCCUAUAAACUGAGAAACUAUGGAGAGCCCGAAACUUUCACUCUUCAUUUCUCAAGCAGCAGGGGAACAGUGAAGAUGGCUGCUAUGUCAUUGAUUUCCCUCUUUGUCACCCUUCUCUUCUCAGCAGCAACAGCCGCCCAAUCACCCUCCGUCAUCGUCGUCGGAGCCGGAAUGUCAGGAAUCUCGGCGGCGAAGACACUUUACGAGGCCGGAAUCAAGGACAUCCUGAUCCUGGAAGCCAGCUCCAGAAUCGGCGGCAGGAUGUUGAAGGCCGACUUCAGCGGCUACACCGUCGAAAUGGGUGCAAAUUGGUACAACAGUGGAGGCCCCGUCGCUAACCCACUCGUUGAUUUGGCCAAGAAAGUGAACCUCAAAUCUUACAUCAAUGACUACUCCAACAUCGCUGAAAACACCUACAAACAAGAGGGAGGGUUGUACCGGAAGAAAGAUGUGGAAAAGGUAGACGAGGUGGCCACAGCACGGGACGAAUACUGCUCGAAUUUCUCGAAAAUGUUGUCUAGCAACAAGAAGAAAGACAUUGAUGUAUCAAUUUUGGCAGGACAGCGGCUCUACGGAAGGUCGCCAUCGACGCCACUGGAAAUGGUAAUCGAUUUUUUCCACAACGACUACGAAGAUGCAGAGCCCCCGAGAGUGACAAGCUUGAAGCACACUUUCCCUCAUGCCCAGUUCGAAGAGCAUGGUGGCAAUCCGCAUUUCGUCACCGAUCCAAGAGGGUUCGAGGUUCUAGUUCAGUAUCUCGCCAGACAGAUUGUAAAGAAAGGAAGAAGCUCCGUUCAAUUGCAGCUGAAAAAGGUGGUGAGGGAGAUAGCUUACUCCAAGAGUGGAGUUACGGUCAGAACUGAAGAUGGUUCGACUUACUCAGCAAAUUAUGUCAUCGUCUCCGCGAGUCUUGGUGUUCUCCAAAGUGACCUUCUCAAAUUCAAGCCCACGCUUCCGAUGCGGAAAAGAAUGGCAAUAUCCGAUUUUAGCAUGACGAUAUACACAAAGAUAUUCAUGAAGUUUCCCUACAAGUUCUGGCCAAGUGCUGGACCUAGAACAGAGUUUUUCCUCUACACCCACGUCCAACGUGGAUAUUAUCCAGUGUGGCAGCAUUUAGAUAACGAGUAUCCGGGAUCGAACAUUUUGAUGGUAACGAUCACCGCGGACGAGUCAAGAAGGGUGGAGCAGUUGUCCAAUGAAGCCAUACAAGCAGAGGCCAUGGCUGUGCUAAAGAAGAUGUUUGGGGACAAAAUACCAAAUCCGGAGAACAUACUGGUGCCCAGAUGGGGAUUGCACCGGUUCUACAAGGGAAGCUAUUCCAACUGGCCAGCUAACUACAACCAGGAAAAGCACGACCUGUUAGGGGCACCUGUUGGUCCAGUCUACUUUACAGGAGAGCACAACAGCAAUAAGUUCCUUGGUUACGUGGAUGGAGCUUACUUGGAAGGUAUUGCAACUGCCAACGAUUUGAUCAAGUGCAUCAAAGGAAAAGGGUGCAAAGGCGACAAGAACAUGGAGGUGUAAAGAGGUGCUGAGGGAAUCAGGCUGCAUUUCUUGCAAUUGUGGGUAGUAAUUCAUGUUAUAGCUCUCGGGGAGCUAGCUUAAUGAAGUCAAAACUCUGAUCACAGGAAGAUUUUAUGCUGCACUUUUCUUCAGUGGAAGCAUGAUGAUGGUUUGUUUGGUGUAAAAUAUAUACAUUUAGUAAGGGCUAAAUUGCAAGUUUGGUCACUUGAAUUACUAGUAAAAUUCACGUUUGCCACUAAAAUUAAUUUAUUCCAUCCGUAGUCACUUAAAUUAGGUUAACAGUUCAAAUUUGGUCACUGACCGUUAGUCUCUGUUAACUUUUGCUGAUGUGGCGGUCAACUCUCACCGUUGACCGUUAAGUGAGUGACGUGGAAAUUAAAAAAUAAAAAAUAAUCUAUUAA